GACACCUCGCUCGUUAGUGGCGGCCGUCACACUAACCAACUGUAGUAACAACCUCUGCAAACUGUUGUCAAAUGACCGGUAAAAGCCCAAGUGUUUACACAUUUUAACAAAGUGUAACAAGUGUGUGCUUCAACAAGACAGCAGUACAGUCAUUAGGUGUGUCCCCUGGCGGGUCAUGUAGGCUGUAACACCGCCAGUAACCACCGUAGGAAGCCGGCCCCCACCACCCUCUGCCCUCCGUCUCCUCAAUCACUCCCAGUGACCAAUUAUGGUCAUUAAAGAACAACACAACUACCCAAAUCGUCUCGGAGGAAUACGAACCAACGCACCACAAAGUGAGUGACGAAGCCGCCUGCGACGCCGUCUACCGGGAAUUGGAUGAAGCCUACGAAGUGUUGGACUCUUACGUCAUCCAGCACGAGGAGGACGCUGGCAGAAUGAACCGGAAGCUGGAGGCGUGUGGGUGUGACGUCACGUGCAGGUGGGCGGGGCGUGUGGUGAGGCCGGGCGCUGAGUGGCUGGCCGACCCCUGCACCGUCUGUCAUUGCCAGAUGGGGGAGGUGGCGUGCCAGGUGGUGGAGAGAGCAGAGUGCCAAGACCCGUGUUCCCUCGCCAACUGUGCCAACGGUGCCACCUGUAUUGGCUCUUCAGGGUCGCAGAGGUUCACCUGCAGGUGCCCGCCAGGGGCCUCCGGGGACAGGUGCCAGUACCAGGGCCUCACCUGCCGGGGGCGCCUGCCCCCUGCUCCCAGCACCUGUCCUCUACACCACCGGCGCCACACAAGAUAUGUGCUGGAGCCUCUCGCGGCCACCUGUGUCCUAGUGGAGGUGUGUGAAGAGGAGGCGCAGACGGGGUUCCUCUCACAGGAAGUGUGUGAACGCGCCUGCACCGUCGGCGCCUGCUGCCUGGUACCUGCAAAGUCACCCAGCGACACCCCGGCCUGCACGGUGACCUCACUGCAGGAGUGUGUGGCCCUGGACCACGCUGAGGACCUCCUGGUGGUCUCCUUCACUCCAGCCGCCACCUCUGCCCUCCCACCUGCCCUGCUCCCACUCCCAGAGACGUGUGACUGCGGGGAGGAAGACAGCUCCGGCAGACGGCAGGAGGUGACCACCCUCUCGCCUCGCUCUCUCCAAGACCUCACCUUAGCCUUCACAAACCUCUACUCAAGUGGGUGGCUUCACAACUUUACUCUAGCCUACGCCGCCCACAUCAUGGCCGCCCACUGGCCGCGGGCGUGGCUGGGGGUGAACAGGGCGGCAGUACGAGCUGUGGAGGCGGAACUACAGCGGCUGGGCGGGUGUCAUCUGCGGCUGCCGUACUGGGACUUCACCACCCACGCCAGGGACCUCUCUGAGAACGACGUGUGGUGGAAAUUCCCGAUCACAGUUUCGGGUCUGGUAGCAGGGGCUGAGCUCGACAUGGAAGGAUUGCUCUCGGUUGGGACGGUAGCAGACCUGGCCGUGGCGCUGGGUCACGGCGACUUCGAGGUGAUGUCUGAAAGUCUGUGGGAGGUAACGUCUCGCACUGUCACCGCCCUCGGGGGUGGUCUGGCGUCGCUCGAAGGACCGAUGAAUCCUGUGUUCUUCCUGCUGGCGGCCUUCGUGGACAAGCUUUGGAUGCUGUGGCAGGAGCAACACCCUCACCCUCCACAAUAUGCUCACCACCUGCUGCUCAGGCCCUUCAACGUGAGCCUGGAGGCGGUGUGGCCCCGUGACUGGAGCUGUGGCGCCUACCACACGUUGUGGUGGUCAGGAGACUGUGAGACUCCACCAGAGGCGGUAGCAUCCGACCAACUUGUGAACGUGACGGGCGCUCUCUUGGACGCCCUCUACGGCCAGCCCGAGGAAUUUCUGCAGAUCCUGAAAGACAGCCCCGCCGCCAGACCCGCCGCCAGACCUGCGGGUCGAGAGGCGCUCAGCGAAGGUGACGAGGUGGUGGCCCUGGAGGAGGAGACGAUGAGGUUUUGGCGAGGGCUGACGUGGCGCGCGCACACACAGGCACAUCCCACACCCAUCCAGCAGCCGCACACACCUGACUUUGAUGGUGACGCACGUCUUCCCGCUCCUGAAGGUGACGCACGUCUUCCCGCUCCUGAAGGUGACGCACGUCUUCCCGCUCCUGAAGGUGACGCACGUCUUCCCGCUCCUGAAGGUGACGCACGUCUUCCCGCUCCUGAAGGUGACGCACGUCUUCCCGCUCCUGAAGGUGACGCACGUCUUCCCGCUCCUGAAGGUGACGCACGUCUUCCCGCUCCUGAAGGUGACGCACGUCUUCCCGCUCCUGAAGGUGACGCACGUCUUCCCGCUCCUGAAGGUGACGCACGUCUUCCCGCUCCUGAAGGUGACGCACGUCUUCCCGCUCCUGAAGGUGACGCACGUCUUCCCGCUCCUGAAGGUGACGCACGUCUUCCCGCUCCUGAAGGUGACGCACGUCUUCCCGCUCCUGAAGGUGACGCACGUCUUCCCGCUCCUGAAGGUGACGCACGUGUUCCCGCUCCUGGUGGUGGUGCACGUGUUCCCGCUCCUGAAGGUGACGCUCGUGUUCCCGCUCCUGAAGGUGACGCUCGUGUUCCCGCUCCUGAAGGUGACGCACGUGUUCCCGCUCCUGAAGGUGACGCUCGUGUUCCCGCUCCUGAAGGUGACGCUCGUGUUCCCGCUCCUGAAGGUGACGCUCGUGUUCCCGCUCCUGAAGGUGACGCUCGUGUUCCCGCUCCUGAAGGUGACGCUCGUGUUCCCGCUCCUGAAGGUGACGCUCGUGUUCCCGCUCCUGAAGGUGACGCUCGUGUUCCCGCUCCUGAAGGUGACGCUCGUGUUCCCGCUCCUGAAGGUGACGCUCGUGUUCCCGCUCCUGAAGGUGACGCUCGUGUUCCCGCUCCUGAAGGUGACGCUCGUGUUCCCGCUCCUGAAGGUGACGCUCGUGUUCCCGCUCCUGAAGGUGACGCACGUGUUCCUGCUCCUGGACGUAAUACAGGUGUUUUCGCCUCCAACCAUAUACAGGGCGUGGAGAGCUUGGGGCUGCAGCUAGAGCUUGUGGCCUGGUGGUGCAAGUGUGAGGGCCUGAGGGCGCCCUGUGACCCCGUGGUUGUAAACACCCUCACCCUACACACCCUCACCCUACACACCCUCACCCUACACACCCUCACCCUACACACACGCCCCCCUACCACUGGUGGCAACACUGGCGACCACAGCAACACCACCACCGUCGCGAGUCCCGUCGUCCACACCUGCGACCGGUGCACCCUCUCCUGGCCCUCUACUCUUGACCAAGAUCCGUGUGAGGGCUCACCGUGCCGGAACGGUGGUGUGUGCGUCGCGUCCCAGGCUCGACGCCCAGCCUCGUACCGGUGUGUGUGUCCCCCCACCCACAGUGGGCGGCACUGCACCACGCCCACCCCACCCAACUGUUUCCUUCCUCCAGUCUUGGGACGAUGUCCCCCUGAGGUGAACCCAAGAGCGUCCCAGCGGUGGUUUUACAGCCCUGAGGAGGAGACCUGCUUCUCCUUCAGGUACUCUGGGUGCGGCGGCAACUCUAACAAUCACGCCUCCUACAGUGCCUGCCUCGACGCCUGCACCAGAGGCACCUGUUGCUACCUAUCUUCUGCCCACUUCGUCGACAGAUCCCAGGGUGUGGAGACGGGGGCCCGUGUGGGGAGCAGGUCUGACAACGUCAGCAUCCCCACUGCCUCUCCCCAAGAUGCUCCCCACGUCAGCAUCUCCACUGCCUCUCCCCUAGAUGCUCCCCACGUCAGCAUCUCCACUGCCUCUCCCCUAGAUGCUCCCCACGUCAGCAUCCCCACUGCCUCUCCCCAAGAUGCUCCCCACGUCAGCAUCUCCACUGCCUCUCCCCUAGAUGCUCCCCACGUCACCAUCCCCACUGCCUCUCCCCUAGAUGCUCCCCACGUCACCAUCCCCACUGCCUCUCCCCAAGAUGCUGACAAGAUGCCACAAGACCGCCGUUCCAAAGAUGUGCUCAGCUCUGUGAUGGAACGUCAAAACUGUACUUGUUCCACCAGCAGAAGGGAAGGCGACUGCCACUGUCACUGCAGACACGCGUGGCGAGGUAACUGUGGCGGCGGAGGCGAGGACGACUUCGUGGCCAUCUCCUUCAUCCCGGUGGCGGCAGCUCCCGCCCAAGACCCUGGAGCCCCCUACGGCUGCCGCCUCCCAGGAAAAACUUAUAACGUGAGUGAGGUAAUGAAGAAUGGAUGCCAAGAGUGUCAGUGCCUGGAGCGAGGCAUCUUUCGUUGUCAACGCCAGGGAGGUGCCAGGUACGUCAGAAAGGAAUUCAGAGACCUCACACUUAAGGAAAUUAACCGUUAUCAGGCUUCCAUUAGGAGACUAGUGAGAGCGGGUGACGGGGAGUUCAGCUGGCACAACCUUACCCUGAUGUACAGUCAGCAUUUACCUAACUUCGCGGGAACUGAUCGGUUCCUCCCCUGGCACCGUUACCUUCUGUGGAACGUUGAGAUGCUUCUUCAAGAGAAUGGCGAGUGUGAUGUGUCUAUACCUUACUUUGAUUGGACUCUCGACGUUGGUGAUAUGAGCAGAGCAGCGGCGUGGCAGGCGAACUACUUUGGAGGUGACGGUGGCCAAGACGACUUCUGCGUCCGCCACCACCCCUUCAGGUCAUCCCGCUUUCACGAUUGGGCCCCGUGUCUCAUGCGACACUUCAACGACUCUGUAUGGCUCCCUGACGCCGUUGGUAUCGCGCAUCUCGUGAGCACAGACAACUACACACACUUCAGGAUGCACUUGGAGGCAAUGUCAGGACUGUUUCAGACCUUCGUAGGGGGUCACACACUUACUCCUGAGAGACUCUAUGACCCUGUUUUCCUCUCUCACAUAUCAUUUCUGGAUAAAAUAUUUGACAGCUGGCUUAGAAAACAUGGCCGAAGGGACGAAGUAUUUCCGCAAGAGAUGAAACCUGCUCCCAUGAUGCCCUUCGGUGUCACCUCACGUGACGCCCUCGAUGCUGUGCUUCAGUACGGUGUCUCCUACGUCUUGCCAUCAAAAGGUGCUCCAUGUUUGAAAGAAGAUGCAGAGAAGCCUGUUGAGACGAGAGAGUUCGAGAGCGAUAACAAUUUAAGUGAAAGCUGGACAAGGAAUGAGGAUGCAGAAGUUGUCGACGAUGAUGGUUACGAUGUGGGCGGCUACACAGCUGAAGGCUACGACUCGCUGGGCUAUGACAGGUGGGGCUACGGUAAGGACACCUUCAACAGGGAUGGCUACGACCUCGCUGGGUUAGACAGAGAAGGCUUCGAUCGCUAUGGUUUUAAAACAGACGGAUGCACAUCCCUUGGCCCACCUUACUGCCGCUCGACGAUAAACAGUACGGCGACACCACGUCAGUUUGACACUUACGGUUACACAAAAGAAGGAUUUAAUAUUCUCGGCCUCGACCGUAGUGGCUUUGACGUUUUCGGGUUUGACAUCCAGGGUUAUGACAGACUCAAGUGCAACUACUACAACCAAGGACCAUUCUACAUGCUGACGAAGGCUCGACUGGAGGAGGAACUUGAUGAAAUAAAUGACGUGUCGAAAUUGAUGAAUAUUGAGAGGACGUGUAAUGAGGUGACGAGGGUGCCAGACUGGUGGCUUCACCACAACCACUUCUCUCAGAAAGACAUCAGUGAACUGAGACAGCUGGAGGCUGCCGCCCGCGCCCUGCGCCCCACACUCACCCUUCCUCACGCCCACGGCACCCACAGUGUCGCCAGCUCCGGGGGACCCUACCUUCCCUCACCCCCGGUGGAGAGGUUGUGCCUCAACUUGAGAGUGUACAGCGGAUGUCCCCUCGCGGCUCAUGUUGUACACUGUGAUGAGGAGGAAGUCUGUCGUCGGUACUCGUCCUCCAGCGCAUCUUCCUCUGAUGGCCUCGUCCAGAACACUACUACUCCCUUACUGCCAUCCUUCUCCUGGCAGCCGUCGACGUCGUGGUCAGGGGGGCGCGGGGGGCGGGUGGAGUGUGGGGGGCGCAGCAACGUGGUGUGUCGGGCUCGAGGCUGUGAGGGGGUGUGCACCCCUACCUUCCUCGACGGGCUAACGGGGCACCAGCUUACAUGUCAAGAGUGCGUGGACGAUGCUGGGGUGCCCCACGGCGAGGGGUCGUCGUGGGCGGUGGGGGCGUGUGAAGUAUGCAGGUGUAAGGGCGGUCAGGUGCUGUGUAGCGGCAUCACCUGCUCCCUCCCCUCCUGCACCCACCCGGUCACGCCUCAACACGCCUGCUGUCCCACCUGCAACCACGGGUGCUUGUACGAGGAGCGAGUGGUGCCUGAAGGAGAGGUGGUGGUGCUAACGGAGGACCCAUGCCAGAGAUGCUACUGUGAUCUUGGCUCCAUCGCCUGCGUCCCUAUAAUUUGUCCCAUCCUCACCUGCUCCGACGCCCUCCAUCGCCCAGGAGAGUGUUGUCCUACCUGUAGCAGCUGUGUCAACGGUACCGUGGACGACACCUGGCGAGCCGACCCCUGCACCCACUGUCGCUGCCACCAGGGUGAGGAGCGGUGCUACACCCUGGAGUGCGCCCCGCCACCCUGUCUCCACCCUGCCAGGCCUCAGGGAGAAUGUUGUCCCGUGUGCCACCACUGUGACUACAACGGGGACGUCAUCCUGCAGGGGGACACCAAGGUGGUCGCCCCCUGCCUCUCCUGCACGUGCAAGGCCGGAACGGUGAGCUGUGUGACGGAGCGGUGCCCGCCGCCCCCCUGCCCCGCCCCACAGGUGGAGGAGGGGCGGUGCUGCCCCUCCUGCCCGGGACAGUGUCAUUAUGACGACCGCACCUUCACCAGCGGCCAGACCUUCACGCCCUCCUUCAACCCCUGUCUCUCGUGCUCCUGUCAGGAAGGCAAAGUGAAGUGCCAGGCUGUAGAGUGUGGGUCGCCGCCGUGCCCAGGUGCCACUAUAGUGCCAGGGGUGUGCUGCCCGACACGGUGCCCCGAGGCCCCGCCCUGCACCGACGCCUUCGGGGUGACGCACCCCGAUAGAGACUCUUGGACCCAAGGUGAUGCCCUCUGUCAGGAGUGCCGGUGUGAAGCGGGUGUGGUGACAUGCCAGGAGCCCAACCAGUGCCCUCGCUGCCCCGAUGGGGUCCUUGACCCCGCUUCCUGCUGCCACGACUGCUCCCGAUGUCUCCACGCCGGUCAAGUCUACCAAAGUGGGACAUGGUUCAACCGUGGGGGCGACCCUUGCCAGCAGUGCCAGUGUGUGGAGGGCCGAGUGAUGUGUGGACCCAAGCUCAUCUGCCCCAGACUCACCUGUGCUCGUCGACACCAUCCGGAGGGUGCCUGCUGCCCCGUCUGUACUGGUGAGCUGCUUGCUGCUCCUCCCUACGAGUCCUCCGCCUCCUCUCUCCUCCACGGUGUUCUCCUCUGGUCACACCUAUAA